UUUUCUCUUUUCUCUCGGUGGCCCCCUUAGCUCUCUGCGAGAGACCACGUUGUUUCUCAUAUUUGCCACUUACUUGUGUAAGAACCAGUUGAGACGGUUCUCAAUCGGCAACUCGUAAGUCGACUUAUCAACAUGAUAUCUUCGUUUCCAAAUAUCACGAUGAACAAUGAGAUGCUUUAUAUGGUGCCACAUACUCUUAUUGGAGGAUUAUUUAUGCUCUCCGUUUUUCCUAAAAUCUCUGAUCCACUCAAGCUCAAAUUUCAAAUUUCGGCACACGCGGUACUAGCAAUUCUUUUUGCAUUUGCUGCUCAGCAAUUUUUGAAACCAACGAUAAACGGGAGUUUCACGAAUAUUCAUGGAUUUAUUCAAGCCUUUUGUUCAUCACUCCAUGUUGGAGCUGGAUAUUUCUUAUGGAAAACGCAAAAACUUGGGAAACCAGAACGAUCGGUUAUAUUUUCUCGGCUAAUUUCCUCAUUCAUUUGUCUCAUCUUCCGUUUGUUUGCCUACAUGCACAUUAUAGGAAAAUCUGCUAAAGGAUUGGAGCUUUCAAAUCAGUACCUCUACUGUGUGGCAUUCACCGAUGGUCUCUGGUUCUUGUCAGAAGUUAUCCGAAUGUAUUACACGACAAAAACAAACCAGGACGAGAUCGAGGCAAUGGUCAAACGAACAACUUUAUGGGUCGAGGGAAAAUGCACGUUCUACAUUGAAAAUGCAUUCUAUUUGGACGCCGGAUUGACUCUUUCUUACGCAAUUAUUCACAUUGCCUUUCCACAACAUGUGCUCAGUCUAAUCCUGAAACCGGAAAACAAACUUGAUUCUCAUCAUUAUUUAUGGUGUCGUUUGUUUGGUGCAUUGAAUUUGAUGCCAGCAGUAACAUCGAUGUGUGCAAGAUUCUACUCGCCAGAAAUGCAAACGAGCUACAUAGCAAGUCGACUUCUGUCUCAAUGCACAGUGUUUUUGCUGAACAUAUACGGUCACUGGAUUCUGACAGUGUACUCUGCAAAUCAUAUCACAGCUUUUAUGCUAAGCGGAUUCUUCACCUCAUUCCUCUUCUCAGCGUUCCACAGAAUCCAUAAAAUCUAUUUUGGAACCGAAUCAGAGGAAGAAGUAUAUGAGGAAGCAAAUGAUAAGAAGGAUGACUGAGAAAGUCACUUGGACGUCAUUUAAGUUCUACAACAACAGAAAUUUAAAAAAAAAACUCACAAAAUUAAUCAUCUCCUUGUUACUGUCUCCACUUUUGUUUCUUACGAUAAAUAUAAUUCUCAUUUUUCCUACUCUAUCAACUUGUUAAUCCAAUUUUCUACUCCCCCAAUGCCUCAAUUGUGUCACUUUUUCUUUUACUGCAAAUGUAUCGGCUGCUUGUAAAAUUUUGUUUACUAAUCAAAUUAUUUAAUUUUUUUAAAAAAUAUUCUAUAAUAUUAUUCAGAAUUAAACAUUUAUAAUAAUUGGAAAAUCGACUCGUUUUUUUGCACGUUUUUUGCACAUUUUUUUGCACAUUUUUUUUUCAAAAAUGAUGGAAAAUGGCUAGAAAAGCUAGGAAGGCUAGCAAGGUGUUGUGUACCGAAGGCGGAACAAGUAGAGAAGACGAGUCGCUCUAACUUUAUAAAUUAAUCUGUCACUCUAACUUUUAAAAUUAAUCUGUCGUUCUAACUUGUUAAAUUAAUAUGUCGUUCUAACUUUAUAAAUUAAUCUGUCACUCUAAAUUUUUAAAUU